UACGCAACUUCCAGCAACACAACAACAAGACUCAUGACUCCACAGCCAUUAAACACGGAUCAAUCAAACAAUCCAUUCCAUACACAACUCAAAACUAGUCUCUAUACAACACAGCUGAGCUUAAACUCAGUAGCGAAACCGAUAUGAUGAAAGGCGAUUACACAAAACUAACAAAAAAAUGGUUCCAACACAGUUCCAACUUUGAACUUGACGGGCUAGCGCUACAAGGAUUAAAAAUCAUUCAUUUUGAAGUCGGUCUGGUCAGAGCCGCUUUCGUUAUUCCCGAUCAUCUAUUGGAUCGGGAUGGGAACUGGAACGUUGGAGCGAUGGCGGUUUUGAUCGACGGUAUGGCAGCGGGUGCGGUGUUCUCGAUGACCGGAGCUAAUUUGGCGACCGUUGAUUAUACAAUGUCGUUUUAUUCAACAGCUAAGGUGAAGGAGGAGGUUGAGAUAGAGGCAAAAGUGGUUGGAGAAAAGGGUAAUUUAGCAUCAGUGGAAAUAAAUAUACAAAAGAAAAGCAAUGGAGAGAAGGUUGUUAUUGGAAAACAAUGGAUGCAUGUCACUCCUCUUAAAAAGCCACAUUCUAUGAAAAGCAAGCUCUAACUUAAUUACUUUCUUGUUAAAAAAGUUUAAAAAAUUUGUGUUUGCAUAAUAAAAGUAUGUAUGAUAUGUUACACCUUUAUAUGUACAAUCAAAUCUUAACACAAAAUGUUAUGAAAUAACAAUAUACGCGAAGCGAGCAUUCUUUAGGACUUUUCGCUAAGGCGUUUU